AUGAAGGUAACAUCCCUUGUGUACUUGGCAGCCUUUGCCGCCCUUGCCGCAGCCAAGAAGUAUAACGACAGCGGAUAUGACGAGGAUGGCUAUAAUGUUUCUGGCUAUAAUUCGGAUGGCUACAACAUGCACGGAUACAACUCCGAUGGCUACAACACUGGUGGAUAUAAUUCCAAUGGUUAUAAUACGGAUGGGUAUAAUACAGAUGGUUAUAACGCCGAUGGCUAUAAUUCGGAUGGCUACAACUCUGAUGGCUACAACUCUGAUGGCUACAACUCUGAUGGCUACAACUCCAAGGGAUACAACUCCAAAGGUUACAAUGCCGACGGUUACAAUGAUCAAGGCUACAAUGAAAACGGCGACUAUGACGAAAAGUACGUAGAAAAUGGAGACGAUACCAGCUUUAUUGACAAUACCAUCGGGCAAGUGAUUCUAAUUACAGUGGAAGUAAUAGUUCGUCAUUCAGCUGGCCGUACGAUAAUUCCCCCCCCUCCAACCAUCUCCUCUCAGAACUCUGUGAUCCAGGGUGAUUCUAGCUCUGAAAUUUCUUUGGACUUGUCGUCUGUUUACAAAGCUCCCCAGAUUCCAACUGGGAGUACUGCGGUAAAUUCUGCUUCUUCCAGCUCUCCGUUGAAUCAGAUUUACUCUACUCUGCCAAUUGAUAAUCCGGCUUAUUCUGAUAUCUUUCAAAGCACCAAUGCGCCGACAGGAGAAGGUCAGGCAAGCUCUGCUUUGUCAUCUGAUGAAGCCCAGUUAAGCAGCACUAUUCCUGUUGACGACAACAACCAGAGUGUCUCUUCUUACGAAAAUACCCCGCAGUCAAGCAGCAAUACUCCUGUUGGCAACGAAACCCAGGAUGGCUCGCAUUACUACAAUACCCCGCAGAGUGUCUCUUCUUACGAAAAUACCCCGCAGGUGAGUGUUUCAUCAGAUAGUGGUGCUCAGUCAAGCAGCAAUACUCCUGUUGGCAACGAAACCCAGGAUGGCUCGCAUUACUACAAUACCCCGCAGGUGAGUGUUUCAUCAGAUAGUGGUGCUCAGCCAAGCAGCAAUACUCCUGUUGACGACAACAACCAGGGUGUCUCUUCUUACGAAAAUACCCCGCAGGGUGUCUCUUCUUACGAAAAUACCCCGCAGGUGAGCGUUUCAUCAGAUAGUGGUGCUCAGCCAAGCAGCAAUACUCCUGUUGACGACAACAACCAGGGUGUCUCUUCUUACGAAAAUACCCCGCAGGGUGUCUCUUCUUACGAAAAUACCCCGCAGGUGAGCGUUUCAUCGGAUGAUGGUGCUCAGUCAAGCAGCAAUACUCCUGUUGAUGACAACCAAAGUGUCACUUCUAAUGAUGAAACCCAGCAGUCAAACACUGACUCUUCGACCUCGAGCACCUUUGACCCGUAUGAUGGCGUGAGCAUCCCACCCCCUCCAGUCAUUGAUGAAAAUGAUGUUGCCACUAAAUUAAGCUCCUCUAGCUUAACUUUUGGAUCUGGGGAUAUUUCAGAGCCUAUAAUUAGUGCACCUAUACCUCCAGAUCUCCAAGCAAUGAUGGCUGAGAAUGACAGUGAUGGUUAUGUCGAGGAAGUGUACAGCUACACUAUCCUUGUGAGUGGCGAGAUUUACACCACUUAUGCGACCACUCGGAGAGCAAUUGGAAACUCCAGCGACGCACAGAGCGCUUUCAAGUCGUAUGGUCCGGCUGCAAUGACUAUUGUUGCCGCGGUGGCUGGCUUCAUGCUGUUGUUCUGA